ACGUGACCAAAAUCUUAACCAUCUAAUGUCUCAUAGCUGGCUGUGGUUUAAAGGUGAACUGCUGAUUCUUUUCCAUGUUGGUUAAUGUUACAUAGAAUUUACACUGUUGCCCUUUCGACUGGUAUCACAGGUGUGUGACGCCUUCAGGGCAGUGCAAAGUUUGAUCAAAAUGACGGCGAUAAGAAUUACGGCUGCGACUCCUGCUGCCCGGGCGAAGUCUUCCCCUUUUUUUCUGGAAGUGUUCUGUCGCACUCUUAUCAUUCUGUGUAUGGUUCUCUCCAUUGUCCUGUCCUCCAUCGCAGUGUGUGAUGGACACUGGCUGCUGACUGAGCACCGCAUGUUAGGCCUCUGGUUCUUCUGUGAGAAGGACACAGAGAACGAUGGUGCACCCUCCAACUGUACUAGGAAUAUUGGAGAGGAAGGGAGCCAGCUCCUGAAUCAUGGGCUCGGGCUGUGUCGUUGUGUUGUCUCUCUGGCUGUGGUGAGUGCUAUCUUUGGCCUGGAGCUGCUGGUGUUAUCACAGGUGAGCGAGGGACACCCAUCACGGCAGCGGUGGCAUCUAGGGACAUGGCUUGUGCUCCUGGCUGCAGGAUUGGCUGCUGCAGGGGUCAUGACCUUUGUGUUUCUAUUAUGGGAUGAUGCUACACCUCUGGGACUCACACUUACCUUCUGGUGCCAGUUCACUGCAACCUUCCUCUUCUUUCUCAAUGGCAUGGCAGCCCGCCAUAUCCAGAAUAUAACAUAUUUUCUGCCCUCUAGUGGUGAUGUGGGGAAAUCUUAGGCAUGGAGCUUUCUAGACUUAGCACUUCUGGGUUAUGUACAACAUUCACAUGUUUUUUACAUGAGUUUAUAGCAUGAAGCUGGAUUUAUUGAAGUUAAUGGGCAAAACACUUUAUCUGAAAGAAGAAUGCAGUUAAACAGAUUUUGAGUUAUACUGACAAAUAGUUUAUUCUGUCAUUCUGAAUCUUUCUGUAAACUUAAUAAAGACUUUUCACAAUAUA